AUGAAUGAAGUCAACGAGAUUCCAUAUGGGCACCUACGUGGAGCUCAUUGUCGGAUCAGUCAGGGCCUUCAACUAUUCACUGAACAAUCCAGAAUAACUAAAUUCUGUGACACUAUUCAGAAUCAUGGAUUUGGUCUGGGCUUUACAAAGGACGAUACUGCAGUUGGGUACCCAGAAUCCAUUGACCGUCAAUGGAAGUUGGGUAUCAGACUCACUCUCUUAGACUCCUUGGAAAAUGACAGCCUAAAAGAAGCAAAAGAAACUCAAAACGAAAACACAAACUCUGCAAAUUACUCACCACCAGGUGGAGAAAUGCAAGAAGCAGCAGAACAAAUCACCACCCUUUAUCCCAAUGCAGAGUUUUGUGAACAGAAAAGUGGCCAAGAAUCAGAGCCCCCAGCCCUUCCACCAGAGCUUCCACUUGCACCUGAAAGAAAUCUGAACAAUAUCACAUUCUUCAAUGGGGUCUUUCAAAACGUGGACAGUGUCGCAUUGUUUUUUGACUGCCUGGGUUCUCACUUCACUUGGCUACAGUCCAUAUUCACCAACUUCCCUGCACUGCUCCAUUUCGUGAACAAAAUGAGGUGCAUAACUGGACUUUGCCCCAGGGAUUUCGAAGACUACGGCUGCUCUUGCCGGUUCGAGAUGGAAGGGCUCCCUGUGGAUGAAGCGGACAGCUGCUGUUUCCAGCACCGCAAAUGCUAUGAGGAAGCCGUGGAGCUGGAGUGCUCAUGGGACCCUGCCAAGAUUUCUAUGGACAUCAGCUGUCUUACGAAAAACAUUACCUGUGAGUCUGGGGAUCCUUGUGAACGGCUUCUCUGCAAUUGUGACAAAGCGGCUAUUGAGUGUUUUGUCCAUUCACACGUUAACUCUUCCUUGAACGGCCUGGAUGUCUCCUUCUGUCCAGGUCAGGUUACAGAAACAACUAGCAAGAAAGGAUUGACAACGCUUCAAAUGGAGGGAAUUCCACCUGCAGCCAGCAAUACCAGCUUGAAACCCCCCACUUCUGAGUUUAUCGCAAGAGAUCACGAAGGCAUAUCUGCUUCCUUGGUGGAUCCCACGCUAACAGUUACUACAGUGAAGAUCACAGCCACAGCAGCAGCUGCAACUGAAAUUCGGAGGGGGCAGGAAGGCGAUUUAAUUGUGAGUGUACCUUCAGGACUUACAGAGGAUGCUUUCCCGAUGGAAAGGCCAACCACAGCCACAGCAGGUAUUAACUCAACAGAGCCAGACGUGAUACCCACUGAAAAUGAUCCCACCACGACAACAGAACAAGAGACAAGCUUUAAGACAGGAGAAGCGAGCACAGCUUCCUCUGCGAUAUCCCCAGAAGUGACACUCGCUGAGAGGGGGCCCGAUGAAGCUGUCAGACAAGUCUGUGACAGAUUCACCUUUCUGCAAAUGAGUGGGAACGGAAAGGUGAAGCGGGAGCUGCCUCGGCUGGGAGAAAUGCUGUUUUGCUUGACUGAUCGAUGCCCACAGGAAUUUGAAUCUUAUGGCUGCUACUGUGGCCAAGAAGGAAGAGGUUAUCCUACGGAUGUACUGGACAGGUGCUGUUUCUCCCAUCAGUGCUGUAUGGAACAAGUUAAAAAACUUGGGUGCCAGCCAGAAGGAAGUUUGAGAUCUGAAGUUGUAUGUUUAGAUCAUAAACCGAAGUGCAUUGGCUGGAGCAUGUGCGAGAAGCUCUUGUGUACCUGUGAUAAGACAGCGGCUGAGUGUAUGGCUGCCGCCUCUUUCAAUGAAAGCUUGAGGUUCCUAACCAGGCAAGCCUGCCAAGCGAACAAAGCCUCAUGUCGGAGUGGAAUAGCUGAGAGGCCUGCAGGCACCAGAACCUCCAGCUCUGAGGAGAGCAGUGAGGAGGCAGGUCCGUGGAGGAGUGCUUUAAGGAGAAUAAAGAGAGCUGCACGACACCCCUGGGGAAAAGCCAGAGCCACACCACAGGAGAGAUAG